AAAAAAUCACAAAAUCCCACUCUGUGCCAAUGGGCUCUCAUACGGGUGCAGAUGCAGAUCCCAAGGCGGUAUCCGAGCAGGAAUCCGAGCAUCAUGCCGGCAUCGACUUUGUCACUUUUGGCAUGCUCAUAAUCGAUGAUAUCGAUUUCCCUGAUCCAAAGCCUCCUCAGAAAGACAUCCUUGGAGGCGGCGGCUCCUACGCCGCCCUUGGCGCGCGCCUGUUCUCGCCGCCGCCACUGUCCUCCACGGUAGGAUGGAUCGUGGACCAGGGCUCCGACUUCCCACCUUCAGUCACCACGCUGAUCGACAGCUGGGAGACGUCUGCCCUCAUGCGCCAUGAUCCAGAGCGGCUCACCACUCGAGGCUGGAAUGGCUACGGCGGCACCGACGACAAGCGCGAGUUCAAGUACCUGACCCCCAAGAAGCGCCUCACGAGCGACGAUUUGUCACCAGAGCAACUCCAGUCCAAGUCGUUCCAUCUCAUCUGCUCUCCGACUCGCUGCCAGGAGCUGGUGACUACCAUAAUCACUCGCCGCAAGGAAGCUGCCACCUCGGAGACUUAUACUAAACCAAUCUUUGUGUGGGAACCAGUGCCCGAUCUAUGCAAUCCAGACCAGCUUCUCAAUCUUACAAACACUCUGCCGCUUGUAGAUGUCUGCAGCCCAAACCACAGCGAGCUUGCCGGCUUCAUGGGCGACGAUGGCCUGGACCCAGUGACGGGAGACAUCUCCGUUCGAGCUGUUGAGCGCGCUUGCGAGCAGCUUCUUGAUAGCAUGCCUCUCCAAUCCUUCGCAAUCGUCGUGCGAGCCGCUCACAAGGGCUGCUAUGUUGUCAAGAAUGGCGGUAGGAAACGUCGUCCCGGACAGAGCUCUAAAUCGACACGAAAAAAGAAUUAUACCAGAGGUGGCCUACGACCCGAUAUCGACAUGACGGCCCUGUUGGCUGAUCUCAUCUGUGACGAAGAUGGCUCAAUCGCUCGCGAAGAGACUGAAUUUGAAGUCGAUCCUGGAGUCGAGCGAUGGAUCCCGGCUUACCAUACGGAUAAAACUAGUGUUGUUGACCCUACAGGCGGUGGAAACACAUUUCUCGGGGGCCUAUCGGUGGCCUUGGCUCGGGGGAAGAGCUACGAAGAAGCCGCUGUUUGGGGAUCCGUAGCGGCCAGUUUUGCCGUAGAACAAGUUGGCAUGCCGACACUUGAUCGACAGGAUGACAGCACUGAGACUUGGAAUGGAUGCAAUGUACUAGACCGACUGCGCAAGUUUGAGGAAAGACUUUAAAUCAUAGAUCAUAUACCAUUAUUAUUUUGUUUUA